UUUAUUUCAUUGCAGUGUCCUGAAGUCUUCUAUCCUUCACAAGUGAUUGAGCUAGGUGUCGUUCCAUCGUCGGAUCACUUGAAUUAGCCCAUCAUCACGGGUGAUGGAGGGCUGAAAGGACGCGGCGUACGACUCAGAAAGGUAGACUCGAUCGUAUAUUACAAUCCUAUUUUCUCUGUCCCCUCUCCCUCUCUUUCUCCCUCCCUGUUUUCUUCGACACUCGACCCUGCUCGGCUCCCACGAUUCGUUUUCGACGCAAUUGCUCCAACACUCAAAAACCGGGAAGAACAUGAUUGAUCGAUCGUAGCAUCAAGAUCAGUUAUUGCUACAUCUGUGUGUUUUCGCGAACUUUCUCUCUCCCCCGUGUGUGUGUUGUCUCUCCCUGUGCAUAUCUGGAGGACUCGCUAUUUUUCAGAAAGAACACUUUAGUGGCUUAAGAAACUCUGCGGGUCGUGAUUCGAUUUCAGAAGAGGUACAAGUAUGGCGGGGAUAGCUAUAGUUUUGGAUCUGUUACGGAAAAAUCCGAGUUUCGGUUCCCAGAAAACCGUACAUUCGAACGGUUUCUUCUCAGCAGCAGUUGCAGCUUCCGCCGCAGCUGUAUCCGUGGCCGCUGGAACCCCUUUUGCGUCUAGGCCUUUCUUCGGGAAUGGGGGCAUAUCAGUUGCUCAUUGUGAUGCUGGCGCAGCAAGUGUUGAAGAUUAUGUUUCAGAAAUACGAAGCAUCUCUGGAAAUAUCUUCCAUCAUGAUUCUUUGAAAUACAGUACAAAAGAGUACAUCAUUGAGCUGAAACCUAUAUUAUCAGCCUUUGGAUUGAAGUCUUUUGCGAUGACAUCCUUGAGGUCUUUUCUGAUAUUCUAUUUGCCCCUUUUGGAGCCUCGUAUGGACAUGGAAGAAGAUGAUGAUUUCCUACAAGAUGCACAAGAAGAGCGUCGUGUUGAUUUAGUUGUUCCCUUAAAAAAAUCAGUGAAGCAAAUUGUCCGGGAGACAACUGUUGUAACUACCAGGCGGAUUUUGGAAAGACUUGCAGUCCAUUAUGUUUCACAGCGGAUGGCAUGGAAACUUCUUAAAGAUGUUCCCAAGUCAGCUGUGCGCAAGGCCGGAAGGGGGCUGCCUACAACUGUUUACUUCUUUAGUGUUUGCAGAACAACUUUGAGAGGACAUUUUCUAGGUAUUACAGCAUCUUGGCUUGUCCAAGUGGGCGUUGAAAUCUACCAGUGCUUCUCUGGUAUUUUCAGCUCUAAAGAUGAGGUAGAGAAGGUCGAUAAAGCAGAGAAGGCCAAGCUUCUUGGUAAAAAGGUUUCUGCUACAACUGUGAGGUGUGGUGCAUCUCUUGUUUUUGCUUCCAUUGGUGCAGGAAUUGGUGCCACCCUUUCUCGUCCUUCGGCUGGUCAGUGGAUUGGCUGUGCUGUUGGGGAUUUGGCAGGCCCAGUUAUUGUUGCAGUUUGCUUCGACAAAGUUUUUCAUGUUGACCUUUAGAGCAUCUGAGACUAGAUUGUCUGACAUAUUCUUUACACCUGCUUUAUACUCAACUUGUAAGUGCACAUGCAUAUUGCAAUUAAUUAUUGACGAGUGACUCAAAUCAGGUGUUGGAGAUCAAAGAAGCUACUGGGCAGGCCAUAUGUCAAGAAAAUCCAAUUUUGGAACCAUAAUUAUUGUUUUUUCCUCCUACAUUAGUAAUAAAAAAUUGAUCAGUAAUCCAAAUUGAAACA